AUGGAUAAUGACACAUCUGAGUUUCUUCUAUGGGAAUUCUCAAAAAAUUGGGAGCUACAGGUUAUGCAUAUAUUUUUACUACUGAUACUAUAUUCAGUGACGGUAACAGGGAACCUUUUUAUCAUCCCUGCUGUUGUUUUUGACACACAUCUUCACACUCCGAUGUACUUCUUCCUGAUGAAUUUAGCCAUGCAAGAUAUUGGUUCAGUUUCAGUCAUUGUCCCCAAAGCUGUUUUUAAUUUUCUUAUGAACACAAGGACUAUUUCUCAUUUUGGAUGUGUUGCUCAAGUCAUGUUGCUCUUCUUUUUCCUGAGCUGUGAUAUUUCUCUCCUUACUGUUAUGGCCUAUGAUCGAUAUGUUGCCAUUUGUAACCCUUUACAAUAUGAAAUGAUAAUGAACAGAAAGGCUUGCAUCAAAAUGAUUGGCAGCAUAUGGACAGCCAGCUUUCUCAAUGCUUCAUUACACACUAUUUUUACAUUUAUGACUCCUUUCUGCUCUAAUAAUGUAAACCAGUUCUUCUGUGAAGUCCCAUAUUUACUUAAGCUUGCCUGUUCUGGUUUAUAUGUAUCUGAAAUUGUAGCUCUAAUCUUCAGUGCUACAUUAGUAUUGUGUUGUCUUAUUUUUGUUCUUGUGACAUAUAUGCAUGUCUUCUGUGCUGUUCUGAGAAUUCCUUCAGUUCAAGGGAGGAAAAAAGCCUUCACUACUUGUGUGCCACACCUUCUUGUCUUCUCCAUAUUUUUCUUUACUGGUUCCCUUGCUUAUCUAAAGCCCAUAUCUGACAGUCCUUCCCACUUUGACUUCAUAAUUAGUAUUAUAUAUUCUAUUUUUCCACCUAUGAUAAAUCCAUUUAUUUACAGCUUGAGAAAUAAGGACAUCAAAGUUGCUCUUUCAAGACUUUUUUCAGUUAACACAUUUACAAUCAAAUAUUUCAAGUCUUUACUGUAU